AUGCCAUACACGUCGCCGUGGCCGGCACUUGACAUACCGAAAUGCAAUAUUCUGUCGUAUCUCUUUCCCCCAGGAGUAUCGCCUUCAGAAAAGCCGAUAUGGAUAGAUGCCACAGAUACCUCAAAGAGCCUGUCGCCAGCUCAAAUGUUGUCCUGGAUCAAGAGGUUCGCGGUCGGGCUUGAUCGACUAGGCAUCUCGCAACAAGAGGCCAUCAUGGUUUUCACCCCCAAUCACAUCUUCGUACCGAUGGCAUACCUCGCGGCGGCAGGCUCGCAACGAUUUUUCACUGGUGCGAAUCCCGUGUACACAGUCCAUGAAGUCGCACACCAGAUGAAAGCAAUCAGUGCAGCGGUGGUGCUCAUUCAUCCGACGUUGCUGGAGACCGGGCUCGCCGCAGCAAAAUCAGCCAAUAUCCCACUUGAAAAGCUUUUCCUUUUCUCGGAUUCGGCACAACCCACAACUUCCGGUGUCCGUGACUGGCGUGUAAUAGCAGCUUCUGAGAUCGACGCUGCAACAUGGGGGUGGGAUCUGCUUGAAGGCGAGGCAGCGUUACAUACCACUGCGGUGAUCAACUUUUCCAGUGGGACGACAGGUCUCCCAAAAGGUGUUUGCAUCACUCACCACAACCUAAUCGCCAAUUCCGAACAAACCAUCUAUAGUAAAUUUGAGGGAACAGGAUAUUCCAUCCAGAAUCCUGGUCCGCCUGAACGAUGGCUAGCGUUUCUUCCUCUUUAUCACGCAUAUUCACAACUCUUCACCAUGAACAUUGCAUGCAGAUUGCAGAUUCCAGUCUAUGUCAUGCCCAAAUUUGUGUUUGAAGAUUAUCUCAGAAAUAUCCAGCAGUUUAGGAUAACAUCGAUUCAGCUAGUGCCACCCGUCUUGGUCAUGAUGGCUAAACGACCUGAAAUAUCACAAUAUGAUAUUAGCAGUGUAAAACACUAUCUUUCAGGGGCAGCCCCAUUGUCGAGUGAUCUUCAAAACGAUCUGAUGAGUCGGUUUGAUGACAUGGUCAUUUGUCAAGCCUGGGGAAUGACAGAGACGACCUGCGCUGGAAUAAAAACUCCGGGAUUCACAAAGGACUUCACGGGAAGUAUAGGAAGCCUCCUCCCCAACACCGAAGCUCGACUGGUGAAUGAAAACAAUGAAGAUCUGAUCGUCGACGGGGAGCCUGGAGAACUAUGGCUGCGAGGUCCACAGAUCAUGCUAGGAUAUUGGAAGAACGAAGAAGCCACGCGAGAGAGUCUGACCAUUGAUGGUUGGUUCAAGACCGGUGAUGUAGCUGUGGUCAAACAAGGGAAGUGGUGGAUUGUAGAUCGCAAGAAAGAGCUGAUCAAAGUCAACGGACUCCAAGUUGCUCCUGCGGAACUAGAAGCAGUGUUGCUCGAACAUCAGGACAUAGCGGAUGCUGCCGUGGUGGGUAUAACUUUGCACGGUGAGGAGUUACCACGGGCGUAUGUCGUCCUCCAGAAGAGUGCAACGGAAAGAACCACGGCCGCAAACAUUCAGAACUUUGUUGCUACAAGAGUUGCAAAGCACAAAAGACUAGCUGGAGGCAUUGAAUUUGUUGACGAAGUCCCUAAAUUAGCCAGUGGUAAGAUCGUGCGGAAGUUGAUCAAGGAAUGGGCCAAAAGAGACGCAAAAGAGCUGGAGAUGGUCGUCAAAGCCAGACUCUGA